AUGAUAUCUGUGUGCUUCCGCCAUGGAGUGGAGGUCGGCAACCACAAGUCUGCUCAUAAAUUUAGGUUCAUGGAUGCUGGUGGGUAUGUAGCUUUGCAAGAUGACAGGAUGAAUGGUUGGACUAUCAUGGAACUUCAUCGACUCCUAAUGUCAGUUGAAAAGUGUCAAAUCGGAAAUUGGAAAGAUGUAUCCUGUUCUGUGCGAACACGAUCAAGCAAAAGCUGUGAGAAACUGUUCAGCACUCUUUUCACUCGACAAACGUUCGGAAGGUUGUGCUGGGAGAAGGCCAAGAAGAGAUGGAAAAGUAACUUCAGGUCGAUGCGAUGGAACGUGCUUCACAAACCCCCACGUAAGAAUCCGAGGCUUACAUCAAGUCAGCUUCAGUCGCUGACAUAUGACAAAAACCGGGAUGAAUAUGAAUGUGAAGCUUUAAAUGACGCUGAGGCAUGGUUGACGGACGCCUAUUCUGAUCCAGACGGCGACAAAUAUUUCUUGGCUCUGAAAGCGUUGCAAGUGGACUUGGUUGCCAAAAACGUGUUUGUGCGCAAUCGCAUGAGAAAGGCUGCUGAUAAACAUGAUUUGGGUCGCGAAUUUUUUGGUUUUGGCCGGCUGGACUACCGGCCGGGAUGUGGGACAGCAUCGUCUGCCGGCGCGUCUGAGGUGUCUUUCGUCGUUCGUGAUGCAGUCAAGAAAGAAGAAUGGUGA